CAAGACGGCCACAGAGAGAUGCAGCCGGAGGAGCCCUGCGCCGGGAGCGCGUCCCCAGAAAGACGCCAGCGCUCGCCAGACCCCGAACCGCGCCUGUCGGGCCAGCUACUGCCCGAGCUCUACAGCUUCGUGGCGCGCGUCCUGUUCUACCUGGCGCCGGUCUACCUGGCGGGCUACCUGGGACUCAGCGUCACCUGGUUGCUGCUUGGAGCCCUGCUCUGGAUGUGGUGGCGCCGGAACCGCCGCGGGAAGCUGGGGCGCCUGGAGGCCGCCUUCGAAUUCCUGGAGCACGAGCGCGAGUUCAUCAGCCGCGAGCUGCGGGGCCAGCAUUUGCCAGCCUGGAUACAUUUCCCAGAUGUGGAGCGUGUGGAGUGGGCUAAUAAGAUCAUCACCCAGAUCUGGCCCUAUCUAAGCAUGAUCAUGGAGAACAAGAUCCGGGAGAAACUGGAGCCCAAGAUCCGGGAGAAGAGCAUCCACCUCAGGACCUUCACUUUCACCAAGCUCUACUUUGGGCAGAAGUGUCCCAAGGUGAAUGGAGUCAAGGCGCACACAGACAAAUACAACCGGAGGAAAGUGACCCUGGACCUGCAGAUCUGUUAUAUCGGGGACUGUGAGAUCAGCGUGGAGCUGCAGAAGAUUCGUGCAGGUGUGAACGGUGUCCAGUUGCAGGGUACCCUGCGUGUCAUUCUGGAGCCCCUGCUGGUGGACAAGCCUUUCAUAGGAGCUGUGACUGUGUUCUUCCUUCAAAAGCCGCACCUGCAGAUUAACUGGACAGGCUUGACCAACCUGCUGGACAUGCCAGGUAUCAAUGAGUUAUCAGACAGCCUGCUGGAGGACCUGAUUGCCGCUCACCUGGUGCUGCCCAACCGUGUGACUGUGCCCGUGAAGAAGGGGCUGGAUAUAGCCAGCCUGCGCGUCCCUCUCCCCUGUGGUGUGAUCAGAGUCCAUUUGCUGGAAGCCAAGAAGCUGGCCCAGAAGGACAACUUCCUAGGGCUCGGAGGCAAGUCAGACCCCUACGCCAAGGUGAGCAUUGGCUUGCAGCAGUGCCGGAGCAGAACCAUAUACAAGAACCUGAACCCCGUCUGGGAUGAAGUAUUCGAGUUUAUGGUGUACGAGGUGCCUGGGCAGGACCUGGAGGUGGACCUGUAUGACGAGGAUGCUGACAGGGAUGACUUCCUGGGCAGCCUGCAGAUCAGCCUUGGAGAUGUCAUGAAGAACAGAGUGGUGGAUGAGUGGUUUGUCCUGAAUGACACGACCAGUGGGAGGCUGCACCUGAGGCUGGAGUGGCUCUCACUGCUCACUGACCCAGAAGCGCCGAUGGAGAAAGAUAGUGGCCUCUCCACUGCCAUCCUCGUGGUCUUCUUAGAAAAUGCCUGCAACCUGCCGAGAAACCCUUUUGACUAUCUGAACGGUGAAUAUCGAGCCAAAAAACUCUCCAGGUUUGUCAAAAAUAAGGCCAGCAGAGACCCUUCCUCAUAUGUCAAGCUAUCUGUGGGCAAGAAGACCUUUACCAGUAAGACCUGUCCCCACAGCAAGGACCCCGUGUGGAGCCAGGUGUUCUCCUUCUUUGUGCACAGCGUGGCGGCUGAGCAGCUCUGCAUCAAGGUGCUGGAUGAUGAGCUGGAGUGUGCUCUGGGGGUGCUGGAGUUUCCCCUGUGCCAGAUCCUCCCCUGCGCUGACCUCACCCUUGAACAGUGCUUCCAGCUGGAUCACUCAGGCCUGGACAGCCUCCUCUCCAUGAGGCUGGUGCUCCGGUUCUUACAUGUGGAGGAACGAGAGCUAGGAAGCCCAUACACCGGACCCGAUGCUCUUAAAAAAGGUCCUCUGUUCGUCAAGAAGGUGGACACCAACCAGGGUUGUAAAGCCCCAACCCUGAAAGAAGACCUUACAGAUGUGACAAGCAUCUUGAACCCUGCCUCUUACAUCAAGGGAGCCUCCAAGAGCACUGAUAACAUCAGUGUGGCCACCAAAGCCCCGGAACCUAAGCCUGAGCCCCAGGAGACAGGCCUGGAGCCCAAAGGCAAGGACGGUGCCACAGGGCUCUGUGAGUCCCUGGGAAGGAAGAAGAACCCAGCUACUACCUUCCUGACUGUCCCAGGCCUGCACUCGCCAGGGCCUAUCAAGUCACCCAGACCCAUGAGCCGCCCUGCCUUUCCAUUCGCAUGGCCACUCACGAGGGUGGCUCCCAGCAUGUCCUCACUCAACUCCCUGGCCUCUUCCUGCUUUGACCUGACAGAUGUCAGCUUCAACACUGAAUCUGGGGACUGCAGGCUGCGACGGCUGGGCGAGAUUCAGCUCACGGUGCGCUACGUGUGUCUUCGACACUGUCUCAGGGUGCUAGUCAAUGGCUGCAGAAACUUGACACCCUGCACCAGCAGUGGCGCUGAUCCCUAUGUCCGCAUCUACCUGUUGCCAGAGAGGAGAUGGGCAAGUCGGAAGAAGACCUCGGUAAAGCAGAAGACCCUGGAACCCCUAUUCGAUGAGACGUUUGAGUUUUUUGUUCCCAUGGGAGAAGUACAGAAGAGGUCACUGGAUGUUGCAGUGAAAAACAGUAGACCUCUCGGCUCACACAGAAGGAAGGAGCUGGGGAAAGUGCUGAUUGACUUAUCAAAACAGGAUCUGAUUAAGGGCUUUUCACAGUGGUAUGAACUGACUCCAGACGGACAGCCCAGAAGCUGACAAUGACCUCUUAUGUCCUGUGUUAGAAAGUGAAUCUGUGUAUUUUUAUCAUUUAAAUCAGAACAUUUGAUGGAAGUAUAUAUUGUAUGAACUCUUAACUACAUGAUACUACAUGGGUAGUAGAAGAAGGUCGUGUAAAAGCAGGAACUAUUCCUGUUAAUUUGGAUGAAUUCAAAUCCGCAAAGAAACGGUGGCAUUUGUAGCUAAGGAGGCACCAAAACCUCAGUAAUGACUUCUCAACGUUGGUAAGUAACCUGUGCCUGUCUCCAACACAGGGUUGUGGCAGAGGAAGCCUGUUUAGGGCAGGUA